CAGCUGUUGCGCCUUUUAAGUAAGCAUUGCAGCAGACAGUGCGCGUGAGUCAGUAAGAGAAGCAAUGUAAAACGGCUGCAAAUAUUCAAUACCGACUAUUGGAUGCUGAACAUAGACAUGUAAGCAAAAGCCCACAAGUCCUUAUAAAGUUAAGACGUCAUUACCAUUGGAUAAAUAAAGAUGCCCUAAUUGUAUAUAUUCAUAAGGUUAGGGUUGGUUAAUCGUGACUAGCUGAGCGUCAGAAUGUCUCGUACGAACCGAUUAUUAAUAAACAAUGCUGAAACUUGUGUGGAUGAAAUGCUGCAGAGCAUUGCUUGGCAGAAUCCCGGUCAAAGGCUGCUCAAGGGGCACAGGGUAAUAAUACGUGAAGAUGCUGCUGAUUUUUGUAGCUCUGGUCACGUUUCUACUAUUUGUGGUGGUGGUUCUGGCCAUGAACCAUUUAGUGCUGGAUUUGUUGGCCGUGGUAUGCUUACUGCAGCAGUGGCAGGCUCUGUGUUUGCUUCCCCUCCACCCAAUGAUAUUCUUGCUGCAAUUAAUGCUGUUGCUUCACCAGCCGGUACUCUUCUAAUAGUGGCCAACUACACGGGCGAUAGGCUGAAUUUUGGCAUUGCUUUGGAAAGGGCUAAGGCAGCUGGAAAAAAGGUUAAUAUGGUGGUUGUUGGUGAGGACUGUGCACUUGAAAGCCAAGACAAAACUGCUGGAAGACGUGGCCUUGUAGGGAUAGUGAUCGUUAUGAAACUUGCAGGUGCACUUGCUGAACAGGGAAGGUCCUUGGAUGAAAUUACGCAGGCGUGCACACAUCUAUCUAAAGCCAUGGGUACAAUUGGUGUCAGUUUGUCCGGCUGUUCAAUACCUGGCACUGGCAGCUCAUUUAAAUUGGAUGAAACAGAAAUGGAGCUUGGUCUUGGUGCUCAUGGAGAGGCUGGAGUCAAAAGAAUGAAAAUUCUUCCUGCAAAUGAAACCGUGGAAGUUAUGAUUGACCAUAUGAUGAACCCAUCCCAUGCCAGUCAUAUUACAAUAGAUAAUGGUCAGAAAAUUGCACUUACUAUGAAUAAUCUUGGUGGUUUAUCGGAGAUUGAAAUGUUUGUGUUGGGUAGGAGAGCUAUUGAAUAUUUAGAGAGUAAAGGACUGUCUGUUGUUCGAUGUUACAAUGGUCAUUUUAUGACUUCACUUGAUAUGGCUGGAUUCAAUUUAAACAUUUGCAAAGUGAAUGACGAGACUUUAAAAUGCCUGGAUGCUGAUACAAAUGCACCAGGCUGGCCACGAGUGUGUGUGUCGAAGAACACCGGGUUUAAUAGGAGAAAUAAUGAUCCAGUUGUGCCUUUGAAUGAUAAGUCUUUGGAAGCGGUUGGGGAGAGUGUAAAUUUUCCUGAUAAAAAUAAACUACAAGUUGGUCAUGCAUUAAUAGAGGCAAUUACUCUGGCAUGUCAAUCACUCAUCUCAAAUGAAGCAUUUCUGAAUGACUUGGAUACCUCUGCUGGUGAUGGUGAUUGUGGGUCCACCCUAAAACGUGGUGCAAAUGAGGUUUUAAACCGCUCCCGUUCGUGGAAAUGUGAAAAUGUUGAGCAAGUGCUGUUACAAAUGGCAGGCUGUGCCGAAAAAUCUAUGGGUGGUGCGUCUGGUGGCCUUUAUAGUUUGUUUUUUACAGCAGCUUCACACAGGGCCCAAGCAUAUACAGUUGAAUCAUGGAAUGACUGCUUGGCAGUCGGCAUUGCAGCAAUAUCUAAAUAUGGGGGUGCAGAGCCUGGAGAUAGGACUAUGCUUGAUGCUUUGGUUGCUACUAGAAAUUCGUUGGAAACGAGUAUAUCUGAGAAUGCUUCUAUCAAAACAGCUGCUCAAAAUGCAGCCAAAGUAGCACGGCAGGCAGCUGAAGCUACAGCCACAAUGAAGGCAAAAGCUGGCCGUGCAAGUUGUGUUGCUGCCAAGUUACUUACCCAGCCCGAUCCUGGUGCAAUGGCUGUUGCAAUUUGGGUUGAAGCGUUAGCAAAAACUUUAUAAAUUUAGCGUUUUUAAAGCGUGAUGUGCCAGUGUUGUGUUAAAUUUAAUUUUGACCUUUCUUUAAGAUAUCAAUUAUUAUAUCUAAAUGGUGUCAGCUUUAUAAUUUUUUCUUUGCGUUUCUUGCAAUUAUUGAUCCUGUCAUCCUGUUAGUACCUAUUGUAUAUGACUUAUUAUUUGUUCUGACUUUAUGCAACAUGCUCUAUAAUUUGAUUGUUGGCAGUUCCACCAACAGUCAGAAACAAAUUCCAUUUGGACUAAUAAUUGUAUCUCGUAUGUCCUAGUUAUGCAUUUUAUUAUCUGAAGCAAGUUUUAUUUUUUAAUCUUCUAAUUUUUUAUAAUUGUAUUGUUUUAAUCUUACCACUAACGAUUGUUUGUUUGUAGUAUUACCACAUUUUGUCAACAUCAAAUCGAAAGCACUCCAAUUAUUGUAGUAACGAAUUUAUUAAUGUAAACAAAACUUUCCGAUGAACAAUUUAGCAUGAAUAUCUGAAUUAAACAGAAA